AUUCCCUCCACAGCAAGGCCUUUUUGCUUCCAUUGUUGUUGUCGCGCUCUAAGGAUCAUGGAAAAGAAAAGACCCGGCCAGGAAGGUUAUCUCCUCCCUGUUGUAAUUUGCUGUUUGUUGUUGGCUUUUGCAGGGAUUUUUUUCGCUGUUUACACGCACAGAGAACUUUCCUUGCUCAAAAUGCAAAUCCGUGAACAUCAGAAGAUUAUCCAGACCUUACAACUCCAUGACAGCGCUUACGACAUUCAGGGAUCAAAAGCAGUUCGGAUUCGGAAGGAUGCUCCAGACCUUUGUACUUGUGUUGGAGCUCCUGGUAGACGCGGGAAGAAGGGGAAACCCGGGCCUUCCGGUCCACCUGGGCCAUCCGGAGCCCCCGGCCCUAUAGGCCCCCAAGGACCACGUGGACCCGUAGGAUAUCAGAGCCAUGAAAGUAUUCAUCUGGUUGGUGAUGGACAAAAAGUGCGGACGACGAAAUCUAAAACCAGAACCCGAUGGAACGAGAGGCAUAGAGAAGGCAGCAUCAAAUAUCACCCGACCACUGGAUUCAUAGAAGUGAAGAGAAAAGGCUACUACUACAUCUACAGUCAGAUGUACUAUUAUGAUGGUGCCACAGCGCUAAUGGGUCAUCAUACGUACAUCAAUGACGAAAAGGUCAUGGAAAGUGUCGGGAGCGUUAUAGGUCUCAAACGGAAGUAUAACACCAAGUAUCAUGGUGGAGUUUUCUUACUGCAGGAAAAGGACACCAUCUCAGUCUACAUACCUUACUCUAAGCACUACUUCAUGGAUAUUGAGGGCAGUUUCUUUGGAGCGUUUUUGCUUGGAGGUCUUCUAUCCUCAGGUUUGCCUACCUUCAAAAUAAAGGCAACUUUGAUCAUACUUUCCAACAUAUGUACAGGCAUUGGAGUGUACUUAGAAGAGCUCAGUAUCGAAAAAUUUCAAGAACCGAGUAGACGGGUCGAGCAGGCGAUACCCGUCCCCCCUGGUCCUUUAAGCCCUUCUGGCCCCCCCGGCCCCCCCGGCCCGCCCGGCCCCCCUGGGACCUCUGGUCCUAUUGGCCUCCAAGGGCCCCCGGGGAAACUCAGCUCGCCAGGUGUACCAGGCCCUUCCGGUCCUAUUGGUCCCCCAGGUCACGGAGCGACAAUACAACCACAAGAGCCUGUUAGAGAAAGCAUCUACCUGGUCGGAGACAACACAAUCCUAAGAAAUCCUUCAAGUAUUCUUAUAACCAACUGGGUUGUACGUAAUAAGUUGGGCUAUAUUCACUACGACAGAGGCUUCAUUACAGUCGUCAAAGCCGGACAUUACUUCAUAUACAGCCAAAUGUAUUAUCACGAUGCUCGGACUAACGUGAUGGCUCACCACACAUACAUCAACGAUGAAAGGGUUUUGGAAAGUGUGGGGAGCGCUCUCACCGACAAGACGAAGUUUAGUACCAAAUACCACGGUGGAAUGUUUCUGCUCAAAGCCAACGACACCAUCUCUGUUCGUAUACCGUACGUUCGACAUUACAGCAUGAAAUCUGGUGCCAGUUUCUUUGGAGCGUUCUUGUUGUAUUCUGGUGAAUCGAACUGAUUUAACUGAAGGAUAGGAUGUCCCGAAUGACGAUAGACUUCCUCAAAGCUUUCAUUACUUUAUCAUACAAAUAUUAACAUUGCUGCUGAUCU